UGAUCGAAUUGGAUUAAUGGCAGAAAUCUGUGGACUCGGAGGAUAGAAUUAUAAAACCAAAAUGUCUUUAACGAGCUACGCCAAGAUGUUGCCACGAAUCGCUGGAUUGAAUUUGACCCGAGCAAUUCGCAGUCCAGUUUAUGCCGCCGUUCGCAGCAAAUAUUACUACGUGAACCCAGAGGAAUCUAUGGAAUGGAAAGACGUUGCGGAAAGAGCAGUUUUCACAAUGUUCCUCCACGAACUUACUCGAGGUUGUGCAAUUGCUCUUUCCCAUUUCUUCAGAGAACCAGCUACUAUCAAUUAUCCUUUUGAGAAAGGACCUCUAAGUCCCAGAUUCAGAGGCGAACAUGCACUUCGAAGAUAUCCAUCUGGAGAGGAAAGGUGCAUAGCUUGUAAAUUGUGUGAAGCAAUUUGCCCGGCACAGGCAAUUACCAUCGAAGCAGAAGAAAGAGCCGACGGGUCGAGGCGAACAACAAGAUACGACAUUGAUAUGUCGAAAUGUAUCUACUGCGGAUUUUGCCAAGAAGCCUGUCCUGUGGACGCAAUUGUCGAAGGUCCAAAUUUCGAGUUUUCAACUGAAACACACGAAGAAAUGUUGUACAACAAGGAGAAGCUUUUGAACAACGGAGACAGAUGGGAAUCAGAAAUCGCCAAUAACAUCCACGCAGAUCACUUGUAUCGCUAAUUGGAAUGUUGUAUGAUUGUUGUCUGUAUUAUAUAUGGAAAAAACUAGUGCGUUAAAAAUUAUAUUACAAAUAAACGAAUAAAAAGUAGAAUAUUAUUUAAUAUAU